AGCUUUCUGCUCCAUAGAUUAUUGAGUUAGCAGCGUACGAAGAAGAUGCCGAGCAGCAGGUUUUCAGGUUCAUACUCAUCCCCGAAGGUCGAUGUUGCAAUCGAUAUGGGAAAUCCUUACCUUAACCUCACCCUCGAUGGCUUCUUGAAGAUUGGUGCUGUCGCAGCAACGAGAGUGGCGGCUGAGGAAACUUAUCACUGCCUCCGUGCAGGGAAUUUUUCAAAGAACAAAAUGGAGCACUCACUGAAGAAGAUGUGCAAGGAGGCUGCGUAUUGGGGGACUAUAGCUGGUGUCUAUGUAGGAAUGGAGUAUGGGAUGGAGAGGGUCCGUGGCACAAGAGACUGGAAAAAUGCGAUGCUUGGGGGUGCAAUUACUGGGGCUCUGAUAUCUGCUGCAACCGACAACGGUAAAGACAAGGUUGUGUUAUCUGCUAUAUCGGGAGCUGCCAUUGCUACUGCAGCUGAGUUCCUUAGUUAUCUUACUUGAAUGA